AAAUUUGCAAAUGAUUGAUUGUCAGUCAAAAACUGUUUGCACUGUCAUGAGGUCAUCAGUUCUUCUAUUGUUGGUAGCCCUGUCGAUUUUACCAUGGUCUGAAGCCAGGGUAUCGUUAUCUGGUGGUCAUCAAGAAAAUUCUGGAGAAAGUUCUGGAGAAGUGGUGAUGGCACGAUUUUAUGGAUUGAAACAUUGCACCAGAACGCAGUGCUGCGUGUAUUAUCUGAGUUGCUGCACUUUAAAAGGAGCCUAUCAUUGCUGUAAUGGGCCUCUCGUGAAAAUGGUUGCCCCGCCUUGCUGAAGAUUUAAAUUGCCCCACAGAAAAAUAGAACAAUCAUUUUGUUAAUGAUUGCAGAGCUAAGAAAGAAUGAGGAAACAAUAAUGGAGUGGAUGAGCUGUAAUUUACAGCCAAGGUUUACAUGUAAUUGUAACAAUAAAAUAAUUAUCAUUCAUAUACUUACUUCUAAUGUUUCAAUAAUAAAUUUAGUAACCAAACUUUUUCAGGAAUUUUAAUCGAGUGUUUUGAUUUUUUAAAUGUUU